UUUUCUGUAUGAUCUAUUGAGGCCUGUCCUGUGUCUGCCUAUUGUGGCUAUUUCUGUAUGGCCUAUUGAGGCCUGUCUGCGUCUGCCAUUGUGGCUGUCUGCGUCUGGCCUAUCGUGGCUAAUCAUGGUCUAUCGAGGCCUGUCUUGCGUCUGCCUAUCGUGGCUGUCUGCGUCUGGCCUAUUGUGGCUAUUUAUGUACGGUCUAUCGAGGCCUGUCUGUGUUGGCUAUCAUGGCUAUUUCUGUACGGUCUAUCGAGGCCUGUCCGUGUCUGCCUAUCGUGGCUGUCUGCGUCUGGCCUAUCGUGGCUAUUUCUGUUGGUCUAUCGAGGCCUGUCCGUGUCUGGCUAUCAUGGCUAUUUUUCUGUAUGGUCUAUCAAGGCCUAUCUGUGUCUGGCCAUCAUGGCUAUUUCUGUACGGUCUAUCUAGGCCUGUCUGCGUCUGCCUAUUGUGGCUGUCUGUGUCUGGCCUAUCGUGGCUAUUUAUGUACGGUCUAUCAAGGCCUGUCUGUUUCUGCCUAUCAUGGCUAUUCUGUAUGGUCUAUCGAGGCCUGUCUGCGUCUGCCUAUCGUGGCUGUCUGUGUCUGGCCUAUCGUGGCUAUUUAUGUACGGUCUAUCAAGGCCUGUCUGUUUCUGCCUAUCAUGGCUAUUUCUGUACGGUCUAUCUAGGCCUGUCUGCGUCUGCCUAUUGUGGCUGUCUGUGUCUGGCCUAUCGUGGCUAUUUAUGUAUGGUCUAUCAAGGCCUGUCUGUUUCUGCCUAUCAUGGCUAUUCUGUAUGGUCUAUCGAGGCCUGUCUGCGUCUGCCUAUCGUGGCUGUCUGCGUCUGGCCUAUCGUGGCUAUUUAUGUACGGUCUAUUGGGGCCUGUCCGUGUCUGCCUAUCGUGGCUGUCUGCGUCUGGCCUAUCGUGGCUAUUUAUGUACGGUCUAUUGGGGCCUGUCCGUGUCUGCCUAUCGUGGCUGUCUGCGUCUGGCCUAUCGUGGCUAUUUAUGUUCGGCCAAUUGGGGCCUGUCCGCGUUUGCCUAUCGUGGCUGUCCGCGUCUGGCCUAUCGUGGCCAUUUAUGUUCGGCCUAUCGAGGCCUGUCCGUGUCUGCCUAUCGUGGCUAUUUCUGUUGGUCUAUCGAGGCCUGUCUGUGUCUGCCUAUCGUGGCAUUUCUGUUGGUCUAUCGAGGCCUGUCUGUGUCUGCCUAUCGUGGCUAUUUCUGUUGGUCUAUCAAGGCCUGUCUGUGUCUGCCUAUCGUGGCUAUUUCUGUUGGUCUAUCGAGGCCUGUCUGUGUCUGCCUAUCGUGGCUGUUUCUGUUGGUCUAUCGAGGCCUGUCUUUGUCUGCCUAUCGUGGCUAUUUCUGUUGGUCUAACGAGGCCUGUCCGUGCCUGCCUAUCGUGGCUGUCUGUGUCCUGCCUAUCGUUGCUGUCUGUGUCUGGCCUAUUUCUGUAAAACUUAAGAAGUUUAAUCUAACGUCAUUAUACUGGUCAUGCUAACUCUCUUUCUAUUUCUUCCAGGAACCUUAGGAUUCACAACUGAUGCCAACGCGACAACAACCUCCACCCUCCCCACCACCACCAGGAUGGUCCUGUCCUUACCUUCCGGGGGGGUCUGCUGCGCCCCUGCCUUCGUCUUCAGGCAGGAAAUGCAGAUUCGCUACCCUCGGAUUACGAACCAUGGACGGGGCCUUCCGCCAAAGAAAUUUAUAAUUGUGCUCGCUGAGCUGUCAAUAAAUGUAUGCUUCGUACAUUCCUCUA